AUGGCAGACAAAGAUUCCACAUCUCCAAAGCCAUUUCGGGUCAUCGUCAUUGGGGCAGGUAUUGUCGGCUUGUCGCUCUCACACGCUCUACAACUAGCCAAUAUCGAACAUGUCGUCCUCGAAAAGCACGACAAGAUUGUUUCAAUAAAAGGCGCAGCACUAAUUGUUUGGCCGGCUGUCGCACGCAUCUUUGACCAGUUUGGUAUUCUCGACAGAAUCACCAAGACUACGGCGCCCGUCGAAAACUCUUACAAACGAUGGCCAGACGGAAGUUUGAUCUGCCGCGAUGAUACUAUGCAGACUGUGAGCAGACUCUUCAAAAUACCUAGCAUCCUGUUCGAUCGCCAAACUUGUGUGUCGCAUCUAUACGAAGGGCUGCCGGAUAAGUCCAAGAUUCACACCAGCAGGCGCCUUGAACGUAUCGAGCAAACUGACACGGGUGUUCGUGUUCACCUAGCCGAUGGCUCUAUCGAAGAAGGAGACAUGGUCAUCGGCGCAGACGGUGUGCACAGUCAUGUUCGGAAGCUCAUGUGGGACUACGCCGACAAAUUCGAACCGGGCAGCAUACCCGAAAUCGACAAAGAGGUAAUGUCGUUCGGAGAAUACAGAGGUUUGUUCGGCGUCAGCACGGCUCCAGACAAUGCUCAACUCGGUAACUCCAAUACCCAUAUGAUUCUCGGUCAGGACGUUACCAUGCUUCUAUUUUCGCAGAUGGACAAGGCUAUGUGGGGUGUCACCUUCAAAGACGAAUUUCAAAAGGCAGAGCAUAAAGGUAAAGCUACUGAAGCAGAGAUUGAGGCGGUGGCGGAGAGAUUCGCCGAUCUUCCUAUGACGAACAAUAUCACUCUGGGUGAUAUGACAGCCGACCUCGGCAUGGGCGCCAACAUAGCCGUCGAGUCUGCCAUCCACCUCUGCAACAUCCUCCACCGCGAAUUCGCCUCCAAUCCCACUCGCCGCAUUUCCACCCCCGAUCUCGCCGCCUUGUUCGCCGAAUACCAAGCCGGUCGCUACGCACGAGCAAAGGAAUAUGUCGAAACCAGUGGCAAGCUUACGCGCAUGAACAGCCACCAGUCAUACUUUGAUCACUUCUUUGCUGGGUACUUACACAAGUACAUUAUGCAAUCUGGGGGAAAAGCGCUCAUCGAGUCGUUGAGUGUAGCGCCCAAACUAGAUUAUGCGCCGACGAGAACGAUUGAUGAGAGCGCGGAGGGAUGGCAUUGGAUGGAGACGCAAGAGAUGAGGAAAGGGAAGAAGGGUGUUUGGUUCAAGUACAUGGUCUUGACAUCGAUUGUGGGGGUGACUGCUGCGUACAUGGCGCGUGCUGGGCUACCAGCGCUGCUGAUGCAGUUGAAUGUGUAA